AAUUUUGAAAUCUGCAUCAGGAUUUUCCAUGACUGUUUUCAAUAUGAUGCAAAUCAUAUGUUGAUAACUAAUGAUUAAUUAUGUUAUUCAUGUGAAAAUGAGGUAGAAAAAAUUGAUACUAGAAGUAUAAAUUCAGUGCUAAGGUAAAAGGUAUGUUAUUAAAUCCGGUGUAGUAGAGCCACAUGUCAGACUGUCUGAAUAGUUCGAUGAAGGAUUAGAUAUAGUGUUAUACCAGAAAAAUGCCGGGGAUAAGACAUAUUGGUGGAAAAUGUGAUUUAGAGAGACAGUGUAUUUUGGAAAAAGAAAAAGAUCAGAAAACGAUGGCUACCUUUUUCCAGCAGUAUAAGACCCUUAUGUACAAAAAUUUUCUGUACAAGAAGCGGAACAAAGGCCAACUCCUUCAGGAAAUCUUAUACCCCAUUUAUUUUGUUGGAAUCUUGGCCAUGACAAAGGCUUUCCUUCCCCUGGAUCCAAAACCAGCCAUUACCAGCUUUCCUCUGUUGCAUCCUGGGAAUUUUACAAUUAAACACACAGAGAGGUUUUUGGUUAGUCCAGACACCAGCUUUACACGUACUAUCGCCGCAGAUGCUGCUGGCAUUUUCCAGCAAAUGCUUGGGCUCAAUGCAACUCCUGCUCUAGAAUACUACGUGGACAAUGCCUCGAUGGUAGCAGCUUCCCAGCAGAAUUAUUCAGGGUAUGCAGGACUGCAGUUCAUGUAUGAUGGCAACAACUUGUCGUAUGCAAUCAGAAUGCCUUACUCUGCCAUUGGCGAUACAAAGUCUAGCACCAUAUAUAGAACUACGAAUGACCAGUGUAGAGGUGGUUCUGGGCAGGAUUCAAGCUCCUGUGAUGUGCUGAAGUACAUGCAUACAGGCUUUAGCAUGAUCCAGAUGGCCACAGACACAGCCUUAAUGAGGCAUCACUUUGGAAUCACAUCCUUACAGCCUCCCGACCUGUCUUUCCAGCUAAUGCCGAUGGAUAAGUACCAACCGGAUACCACUUACAUACAAAUCAUAUCCUCCAUUUACUUUGUUUUAGCCUAUGCACAAUUCGUCAAUUUCCUCACUGCCAACAUUGUGAAUGAUAAAGAGAAAAAAAUCAAAGAGGGGAUGAAAAUGAUGGGCCUGAGAGACUCUGCAUAUUGGGCUUCGUGGGCGUCCCUGUAUUUCUUACUGAUAACCAUUGUGACAGCGGCAGUGACUCUGAUAGCAUAUCUAGCCGAAUUUUACAAAAACAGCAACAUGUUCCUGUUUUUCAUGAUUUUGGAAUUGUAUGGAAUGUCCCUCAUUACUUUUGCAUGGCUUAUAACACCAUUCUUCCAAAAGGCACAAACAGCAGGGGGACUGGCCAGCAUGGCCUCUAUGGUGACCUCACUGCUUUACCUUGUGGUGAGCAUGACGCGGACAGUGACCAGCACUGGUGAAGUGAGCUACACUAUCCCUCCGGUGGGCAGAGGUUUCCUAUCCCUUCUAUCACCUUGUUGUGUAGCUUUGGCAAUUGACCAGAGUUUAUUCCUGGAUAUCACGGUGGGGAUGGACUUUGAGACGGUUAAAUCUGGAGACUUCCCUCUGUAUGGUUACAUGCUCAUGCUGUUGUUCGAUGCUGUUUUAUAUGCCUUUCUAGCUAUCUACCUGGAUAACAUCGUUCCAGGUAAUUAUGGACCCAGAUUUCCUCCGUAUUACAUCUUCACAAAGUCCUACUGGUUUGGAACAAAGACAGGCAAGUACAACAGUUCAGCAGACGACACAGACUACUUCUUUGGGAAUGACAUCGAGAAUGUAACAGCUGAGAUGAGAGAGAAGCAAGGACUCAGAUUUUAUGACAUAACGAAAGAGUUCAAGUCGAAAGAAAAAGGUGAAGGCAUGGUCAAAGCUGUUGAUGGUUUCUCCCUUGAAGUCUAUGAAGGACAGAUAACUUGUCUAUUGGGUCACAAUGGGGCAGGGAAGACAACUCUGUUGAACAUGUUGAGUGGACUGGUCGCUCCUACAAGUGGCUCUGCUAUUGUACAAGGAUAUGAUGUCUCUAACCCGUCUGAUGUGAUGAGAAUGAGGGCUAUUACUGGAGUGUGUCCGCAACACAACAUCCUGUUUGAAGUUCUGACCUGUGUGGAACAUUUGGCCUUCUAUGCAGGUCUAAAAGGAAUUACUGGAGAAAAGCUGAAAAGAAGGAUUGAUCAAACAAUUAAAGAUGUGGGGCUGGAGGACCAGAAGGACACAUUUGCCAAAGAUCUCAGUGGGGGACAAAUGAGGAAGCUCUCAGUUGCCAUAGCAAUCGUUGGGGACCCCAAGAUUAUUUAUUUGGAUGAGCCCACAGCUGGCAUGGAUCCAUAUUCCAGGCGACACUUGUGGAAUGUCCUAAAGGAGAAAAAGAAGGGCCGAUUGAUUCUCUUGACCACUCAUUUUAUGGACGAGGCAGACAUUUUGGCUGAUAGGAAAGCAUUCAUAAGUAAAGGAAAGCUCAGGUGCUGUGGUUCCUCCUUGUUCUUGAAGAGCAGAUUUGGUAUUGGAUAUCAUCUGAAUAUGGUUGUGGAACCAAAUUGUAAGGAAGGCGAGGUCACAGAGUUUGUGAGGGGUCAUGUGGAGGGGGCAGAGUUUACUCGAGUUCAUGGCAAGGAGCUGUCUUAUACACUUCCCCUUGACAAAGUCAGCCAGUUCUCAGGUCUGUUCAGUGAGUUAGAAAGAUCCACCGGAGUUUCUAGCAAAGCUGAAUCUCUCGGUAUCAAGUCCUAUGGAGUGUCGAUGACAUCACUGGAGGAGGUCUUUAUGAAGCUAGAGGAGGAUGACACGACUGUGAAUCUACAAGAACUGAAAGAAUCUACCUCUAUCAACGACACUGAUAAUGGUCAUUUCAACAAGAACAGAAUUAGCCCCCUUACUGUCACAGACAUCAACAACACCAUGGUUACCAUAGAUACAGAUCUCCUGGACAUGGAAAAACAAACAGAAAAUCUUGCCAUGCGGCAGUUCAAAGCGAUGGUGAAAAUGUGGGCAACGAUCAAUUUUCGCAGCAAAGCAAAUUUGAUCCUUUCCCUCGUGCUUCCAGUCAUUUUUGUUAUAGUUGGUCUGGUUGUAAAUAAAACAGCAAGCGAUACAACCAACAAUAAUACACCGUCAGCCCUGAACCUGGUAGGUUUGGCAGCGUAUGCCAGACUAAAGGUCUCACCACCAACAGUUCCCGAUCUAUUGCUGGGAAAUUCUGAUGGUUCCUCAUCAAGUGUUGAAUGGACAGACCUGGUCAAUAAUUCCUAUUACAUCGACAGUUUCUCCAAUGCCACCGAUCUGUUGAGUGUGGCACCGCACUACGCUGGAAUAGCAGUUAGCAAGCUUCAACAGACUGGGAGUCCUGCUCACUUUGACAGUGCUUUCACCAUCUUCUACAAUUCAACUGCUCCUCACAGCAUUGGCAUGAUUCUAAAUGCCUUGACCAACUCCAUAUUUAGUUUGCAAGCAAACAAGUCAGGUGUGAGUACAUCCGUUAUAUCGACAAUCAAUUUACCAUGGACUGGAGAUGACAGCAAUAACCGAUACAACAAUGGUGCUUUUUCGUCGAUCAUUCUCAUUGGCAUGGCAUUCGUGUCCGUAGCUCCUACAUUUGCCAUAUACAUGGUUCAAGAUAGAGAGACCAAGGUUCGUACACAACUGCGUGUUGCUGGUGUAAGCUUUUGGAUGUAUUGGGGCACACACUUGACAGUUGACCUCAUAAAGUACAGUUUUCCUGGAAUUUUAUGUGUCAUCGUUGUCCUGGCUCUGCAGCUGGACAGUUUGAGCAGUGCUGGAGCAGUAGGAACACUUAUUCUGCUGGUUAUCUUCUACGUUCCUGUGGCAGUGCUGUUUUCAUACUUGGCCUCCUUCAUGUUCUCCAAAUCCGUGACAGCUCAGCAGUUUCUUCUGACGUUAUUCAUAUUUAUUGGAUUGUUACCAUACUCUGCAGUUUCAAUGUUGGACAUGUUUAAUAUUGAGGAUGUUGCCAGAAUUCUACAUAUAGUUUUCUGUUUCAUUGAUCCACCAUACAUCAUAUUUGGAGGACUCUACUACAUUGACAAAAUAUACAGAGUGAAGGUCUUUUAUUUCCAAGGUGAUGUUAGUGAAUCAGAAUAUUUCAAAUUUGAAAACAACAUUUCCUAUAUUUACCUCAUUUGUAUUUUUGAUGUAGUAGCAAUCUUUAUGUUGUUACGAAUGCUGGACAUUAAACAUACCGGUGGUGAUGUCAGAGAGGCAUUUCCCUGUUAUGAAAGAAAAACCACAACCCCUCAUACAAAUUCAGAUGUAAUCGAUAAUGAAGACGAUGAUGUCAAGGCUGAAAGGGAAAGAGUCAAAGCUGUAUUUGAUAGAAAUAAUAUAAAGGGACCAAUGGCAAUUACAGAAAAUCUGAGAAAAGAAUUUACAAAAAACAAAAGCCAACAGAGAUGCUGCAGUCCUGGUCAAAAGGCUGAAAUAAAGACGGCAGUGAGGAAUGUCUCCUUUGCUGUCGAUGAUGGCGAGGUUUUUGGCCUGCUAGGGCCAAAUGGUGCUGGAAAGUCAACAGUACUGAACAUGAUGGUAGCAGAAACUGGACCAACUAGAGGGCGGGUUGUUGUUGGAGGUUAUGAUAUCCAGUCAUGCAUGUCAGAAGCCUUCAAGGCCAUGGGCUACUGUCCACAGCAUGAUGCUCUGGUGGAGCUGAUGACACUGAAAGAACACCUGACUCUGUACGCUACCAUCAGAGGUGUACGGGAGGACAAAGUCAAUGACUUAGCAGACUGGUUCAUAGAACAACUGAAGGUGCAGGAGCAUGCAAAUAAGCGUUCCAAGAAACUGUCGGGGGGAACCAAGCGAAAGUUGAGCUAUGCCAUCAGCAUGCUUGGAAAACCCAGGAUAGUUUUGCUGGAUGAACCUUCUACAGGAAUGGAUCCUGCCUCCAAAAGAUUUCUCUGGGACACUAUCACCAGUAGUUUUCUUAACAAAGACAGGGGAGCUGUUCUGACAACUCACUAUAUGGAAGAAGCAGAUGCCCUCUGCUCACGAGUAGGAAUCAUGGUCAAUGGAAAGCUUGAAUGCCUGGGACCAACCCAACACUUGAAGAACAAAUUUGGAAGUGGCUAUUUACUAGAGGUGAAGCUAAAGGCAGGGAUAGCAAAUGAGUCUGCUGAGUCGGUAGAUCAGAGGAUGGAUGCUUUGGAGGAAUAUGUCUUCUCCAUGUUUCCUAACGCUGUUAUUGUGGAGCGCUUUGGACUUCGAGCUCAGUACAAAGUGCCCAAGGCCGAUGUUCAUUCCCUAGCACAAGUCUUCACAUCUCUUGAAGAAGGCAAGCAAACACAUGACAUGGAGGAAUAUAAUUUCAGUCAAUCUUCUCUGGAGCAGGUGUUUCUUGAGUUUGCUAAGCACCAGCUGGAUGAGAACGCUACAACAGAAGAGCAAGCGACUGAUCCGAAUUUACUUACCCAAUCUCUGCGUCGUCGUACCUUGUCCAAGGAGAAUGGUUCCAGUCCGUCGCACAUAUCUGUUCCCUUGUAACUCUCAGAAUUGUGUGGAAGCAAGUUCGGUGUGAUACAUGUCGGUAUUAUAGACUGUUAAGAAAUGAGCUAGAAACAAAAGUAGUUAUACUUAAUUAUUUAUAAUCAUAUGUAAGAUAUGUGUGUACUUGGAAACCAUUUCAAAUUUGUUAUUUAUUUAUGUUGAAUUAUCCAGUGAUUUAAAUUUUACAAAUGCAGUUAAUCAUUCUUUUUUGUGUAUGUCUUGAAUGUGGGUCAGUGAUUUCGCCAAGAUGCAUUGCUGGCCAGUGAUAUAGCUAUUUGUAAAUCUUUUUUUAUGUUAUAAACACAGUUGAACUUGGAUAUCUUGAAUACCAUAGAUAUGUCGCAAUGAGUUGGAAGUUCCAACUACAUUUUCUUUAUGUAUAUUAACCUCCAUAUCUCAAACUCUGGUAUAUCUCCAAGUUUUUUAUCAGUUCCAUAGAGUUUGAAAUAACAAGGUUGGACUGUAUACAAAUAAUGUGUAGCCCUGGAUUAAAUGAUUAAUAUUGUAAUUUUUAUUGUUUAUUGCCAUUUUUAUUUACAUCCUCGAGUUCUCAGUUUGGUGAUACUUUGUUUGCUUUACAGACUGCCAUGAUUUUGUUGUUGAUUGUUGACUAUCAUUGUAUAUUUAGCCAUGAUGUUGUUGAUUGUAUAUUUAAUUAUUUAUCAAAUGAUGAAACCUUGUAGAUUAGUAAUACAUCGUAGUAGUAUAGAAGAUAAGUAAAUGUUCCAACCUUUUGGGGGAAUUUUUUUUUUUUUAAAGCGCAUAUUUCUAUCAGGAUUUUUUUUUCAUUCUAACAUUUCUGUAUUGACAGAUGUUUCAAAAUAUAAGGUACUGUAGUUUUAGAAAAUUUGGUGUAUGAUCAGCCCGGUCUUUUAGUGUUCUUGAUACUAUGAAAAAAUAUUGGUACGGAUAUUUUAAUAGAAUUCAUAUUCCAUUUAUGAAAUGAAUUGUACACAACAUACUUUACACAAGUUUUUAAGUUUGACAAAUUUUCUUUUUUUGCCAAAAUUAGUGGCUGCUAAACUCUGUAACCAUGCAUUGAUUAUUUGCAAAGUUUAUGCUGUUUCAUGGAAGAAUUGCAUGGGGCCACCAACAUUGAGAUUUUCUCAAAUCUGAGAUUUCUCAGAAGACUGUCAAUACACCAUGAUUUGAUCAUAACUGAUGGUGGUUUUGCAAGGUAAACAUACAGCAAAAGUCUCCAGAAGAAAGAUAUACAGUUGAACUUUGGUAUGUUGAAAACCGAUAUCUGAAUACCAUGUUAAAGUGAUUCGGAAGUCCCAACCACUUAUUAAGUAUUUUCCCCUCGAUAUCUCGAAUCCUUGGAUAUCUCGGAAGUUUUUUCUUUGUCCCAUCAAGUUCAAGAUAACUAGGUUUGACUGUAUGUACCUGGUUUAACAUUAUUAUGCAUUUUUGAAUUAAGGAAAUCUUGUCUUGUUGAAUAUUGUAUCGCACACAUAGUAUACGCAUUAUUUUGGGAUAAAAAGAUCAUCAGACUUUUUCAGUCUUUGUAUUUUCAUAUUAUGAGAGAUAAAGGUCUUGUAUGUCUUAAUUAUCCCCCUCCCCCUCCUCUUUUUAGUGCCAAAUAUAGACACAACAAUACCUCAUUCUGACAAAAAUAGCAUGACUCGAUAAUCCAACCCUCAUUCGGACAAAAAUAGCAUGGACUUCAAAGUCACAGAUAAGUAAGAAUUGUCGGGUUCAUCUUCCAGAUGAUUAAUGGAGUAUAUUCAUGGCCAUAGUGACAUGUCAACCAAUUUUUCAAGAUAUGAUUUUUUGGAAAAUUUUAUAUGGGGGAAAAAUCAUGAAAUAUACAUGUAGUAUUGUUUGUUCGUAAUACAAUGUCAUGUAUUUUGUUAUUAGAUUAGAUAAAAAUCGAUUGGUAAAAGGUUACCUAUUACUGUAGUUGUGUACGACACAUUUACAAUUGAUUUUAUAUGCUAGUUGGUCCGUUGCAUAAUUACGAACACUUGUUCAGCAGUUCAGUAUAAUUGUAUUUCAGAAAUGUUCAAUAUUCCAACAGAUUUUCCCCUUUUAAAUCAUACCUGCAAGUAUUUACUGUAGUAAAUGUGGCAUAUUCCCAGACACUGUAUGCUUUUUAUUGUAUUGUGCCAUAUAGCAUUACAUGUAGUAAUAUAUGUGAACAGAUGUAAGCUUACAAUAAAAGUAUAAUAUAUUUAUUUAUAA